CCACCACCAAGCAACCGCACCCUCUCCGCCUCCCUCGUCACCCGCUGCCGCACCCUCCUCUCAGACCUCGACGCACUCCAAUCCCUCCUCGCACAGACCCAACGAAACCCCCAGAUCGUGGAGGUGCGUUCCCUGCGCUCAAGCGUGCUUUCCGAGCUGCGCACGCUCGAGAAGCUCGAUGCGCAGGUACAGGAAGUGGAAGCUGCUGCAGCUGCAGCUGCUGAGGGCUCAGGAACCUUUGAUGAUGACAUCGGGACACGGGACGAGGUGCGCUCGCGGCUAGGCCAUGCGCUGCGGUCGUCGAAUCUGCCGUUCUAUGAGGCUGUGUGGGCUAUUGCGCGGGGGUCGUGUUCGGGCUUGGUGGCGUUUGGGAAGAGGUUCUACUGGGGGUCUGGGGCUGGGGAUGGGGAGGGGAAGGAUGGUGCUACGGGCAAAGGGGGCAUGGGAAAGAAGAGGGCGAGUCGGGAUAAGAAGAAGAGUGUGUUUGUUGAUAUUGUGGCGGAUGAUGGGGAGGAGUGGGUGAAGGUUUCUACGAUUUCGGAGACGAGGUUGUUGUUUGAGAUGGCAAAGAAGGGGUGGGAGGCUGAUGGGUCGGAGGAUGAGGAUGGGGAUGCGGGUGGUCAGCCCAGGACGGUGUUGCGGAAUUAUGCCAGUGGGGAUGGGGGUGAGGGUGAGGGGGAUGAGGACGAUGAUGACGAUGAGAUUGAGCUCGUUAAGCUGGCUAGGGAUAUGAGGAAAGCGGCGGAUGUUACGAGGGUCAGGUAUAAAACGCCGCGGUUGCGGUUUGUCAUCCCUAAGAUAGAGGAGGGCUCGAGUUCCGAGAUUGAUGGUCUAUUGAAGAUCAUACGCGGGUAUGGAAUUGAUGUGAGUUGUGGGGGGAAUGUAUAUUCUUCUUCGCAGGGCGAGCCCACGCAAGCCGAGACGCUGGUCCGGCUGCUUCCUAAGCCAUUCAAGCGUUUCACUCCUACCCUGAAUGUGGACUGUACAUUGCUGCUGGCGGCCGUCUCGGACCUGUCGCAUUACAAGGAUAUCGCCCCGUCCCCCGUUCAUCACACAGCCAUCAAUCGCCAGAUUGAUAUCGAACAUACCCGCCCGCUGCUCCCCACCGAGUUGUGGCCCGCCGUGGUGGGACACGAUCUUGUCUGCACAAAGGAGGCUGCCCAGAGAAUGCAAGAGAUUGUCAACAUCAUUGGUACAGAGACCGAGAACCAGCGCAUGAGGAUACUACUAGGGGAAGGGUCGUUUGGUGACUGUAACCGAGAAGAACUCAUUCAAGCAUAUCAGAAGCUAUCCGAUUAUGAGAUCCCUGCUGACUGGAAGCUCCCCGUCAUGACAGUCGAUGCGGCGCCGAUAAUUGCCUCUGCGAAGAAUCUGGCCAAACUUCCGCCUGUCUAUGAAAAGAUCGAGAAGGUGCUGUCCGACAUCAACCAUAGCGUGUUCUUGUAUGGAUGGGCUGCCGGUGUGGUAACGAUAUCAAGUAAUCGCACGGUGGUCAAACAGAUCGAGUCCAUCGUUGAGAAGAACAGGGGAACGGACGAUAGUCUGGAAGGGCCUGCGAUCUGGGUGUGCGAUACAGCGAGGAGUUUGAUAGGGAAAGAAAAAGGCCGCAAG